GACCUGGGACUGGAAGGAACAUUCCUCAAUGAAGUGCUCUACAAAAAUGCAACUUUCCUCAACUUGGUGGAUCCCAUCUCCCAUGACUUGCUGAUGAGCCUUGCUAGAGAUCUGCAGUGCCCCAAAAAGGAAUAUGACCCCUGGAAAUCCUCGGACAGGAUCUGCAGGCAGCUGAUUUACCACCUAACCCCCCACUCGAAAUGGCACCGGCAUGGCAUGCCCCGGAGGAAGUCCCAAGUGUGCCUGAAGACCAGCCUGCAGAAGAAGGUGAGCCAGGACUCCAUGGAUUUGUCAGGGAUCCCCUUGACCAUGCGGGAUGUCCACCGCAUGGCCUACUACCUGCAGAACAACGGGGACCACCUCACCUCUGUGGACCUGAGCUUCACCGAGCUGAAUGACGACAUGGUGCGCCUGCUGCUGCCCUUCCUCUGGGCACUACCCAAGCUGACUCACCUUUCCCUCAACGGCAACCGACUGACGCGGGCGACCAUGAAGGAGCUGACUGACACCAUGAAGGACAUGAACAAGUUCCCUUGCCUGGCCUGGGUUGACCUCGGCAACAAUGUGGAUGUCUCCUCCAUGCCGCAGCCGUUGCUCGUGGGCCUGCGCAAGCGCCUCAGCCAGCAGACCACGCUGCCUACCAUCUAUGAGGCGCUUGACUGCGACUCGGAGAUCUCCAGCGGGCAUGAGGGCAGCCAGCCAGAGGACAAAGCAGCAGGAAGCACCCCGCCACGUGCUUUCUCUCAGCAGGGCUGCGAGAGGUGACUGGACAACAGGCUGGCACUGGCACACUGAAGCCACCCCAAGGAGAAGUCUUGAGUACAAACAUCAAGCAGAGGGCCAGCUUUACCGGCUUCUUUUGGCUCUUUUCUCUCGCCUUCCCUGACAUCUCCCCC